CAUGGCCUCAUUCAUCUGCCGAGGUACUCUAGCGGUGAGGUAGCGUUAACUUGUAUUUGGGGUCUCCGAUUGUAUGCGCGUGCUACAAGCGUCAUACACGAGCCCCCAACCCUGCCGGUCCAGAUGGCGGCGGUCUAAUUCGUGCUAUUUAUACAAAAUUUGACAGGCUGAAAUGGGUACCCAAAAUGUCUGAUGAAAGCGCUAAACGUGAAAAAAAAAAUCAAAAGACUGGCCUUGUCAAGCAAAUGCUGGAUGAACGGUGGAAAAAAACAAAUCAACCGUCUAUCAAGAACUGCAAUGCACCAAUGCCACGGGCCCACGCAACUGUUGCUGAGCCGUUGGAAAAAGCAGAAUAACUGGAUCAUAUCGGAUCCAAUCAUGCGAUCGCGCCUUGUAACUCCUUAAAUAAACUGCUCUUGUACCAACAAAAGACAUGCAGUAGCAAAACUGAUCAAGUCUUAUGCAUCAAUUCAAUCCUGAGAAACGGGUCUGAAAUAUGCGUCUUGUAUGUACGUGUGAGUCUUGAACCCAUGGUGUCUGUGUUGCGACGAAUCUUGGCCAAACUAGUGAGAGCCUCCGAGAGGUGCAAAAGCGCUUCAAGAUGCCGAGUAGAAUUGCGGUAAGCCUGCCUGGCCAAAUCCAACCGGGGGUGUUGCCUCUUCUUGUACGCGAUCCAAGUGUCCCGGCUCUGC